CCCCGCGGCCAAGACCGGCGCUCAGUCGAGCGGCUGCGGUCGCGCAGAGUGGAGGCGGCGAUGGCGGCGGGAGAAGCGGAGGGGUUAACAGCGGAACCGCCGCCGCCGCCGCCGCUGCUGCUUCCGUCGCCGGGAGGAGGCAGCACGGAACGCGCUUUGGAGGAAGCGGCUUCAUCCGGGACCUUGAGUUUGGCGGGGCGCCGCCUGCGCGUCUUCCCGGGGGAGGCGGCGCGGCGUUGGGACCUCAGCGACACCACGCAGGCGGAUCUCUCCCGGAACCGCCUCUCGGCGCUGCCGCCGGCCGUGUGCCGUUUGCCGGCGCUGGAAGAGCUGAACGUCGCCCACAACGUCCUCCGCCGCCUUCCCCCCGCCAUGGCCGACCUGCGGGCCCUCGCCCACCUCGACCUCAGCCAUAACCAGCUGCGGGCGCUGCCUUCGUGCCUCUCCCUUCUGCCCCUCCGCGUCCUCCUGGCGUCCCACAACCGCCUGGCGCGGCUCCCGGAGAACAUCGGGGCGCUCGGCUCCCUCUGCCAGCUGGACGUGAGCUCCAACGAGCUGCGGGCGCUGCCGCCGUCCCUCGGCCAUCUUCGCUCCCUUCGCGACCUCAACCUUCGCCGCAACCAACUCACCGCGCUGCCCAGAGAGCUUUCCGAGCUGCCCCUCAUCCGCCUCGACUUCUCCUGCAACCGCAUCGUCUCCAUUCCUCGCUCCUUCCGACGCCUCCGACACCUCCAAACCCUCCUCGCCGAUCACAACCCCCUCCAAUCCCCUCCUGCCCAGGUUUGCCUGAAAGGCAAAGUCCACAUCUUCAAGCACCUCGAAGCCUCCAUCUCCCCCCGCGUUCCUCCUCCCUGCUUCACGGAUGAGUUUUUCCCACUCCGCCAGCGCCGAGGUUUGGAUUCCGGCUUCAACAGCGUCGACAGCGGCAACAAACGGUGGUCCGGGAACGAGUCCACGGAGGAGUUUGCGGAGCCGAUGUUGCAGCAAAGGGAGAGGCGGAAUGGGGCAGGCGGUGACAGCGACCCUGAGCCACUCGACUUCGGCGAGGACGAGGAGGACCCCCUCGGACCCCGGAGCCCCCCCUUGGCCCCCCAAAAACUCAGCACUUUUGCCUCUUCCUCUGGGCCCCCCCAAAUCCCCACAGCCCCCCCAGAUUGUGACGAGCACGAGCUGAUGGCUGAGAUGCAGCAGAGCCUGCAGGCGCUGCUGCGGGAUUUGGGGGACACAGAGCUGCUGCGGCGAUUGGCGACGUCCCUGCGCCCCCCCCGCGCCCCCCCGGUGAGUGGGGUGUCCCCCCCCAAUCCUGAGUGA